UUUUAUUUGAUUACAAUAAUUGGAUGAAAUAACAGUUUUUGAUAAAUCGUUUAUGUUGAAGAAGAUUAGUGCAAAUGUGUUGUGUAACUUUCGGGAUUUAAUUUUUAAUUUAUUCUUAAAAUGGACAUGAUAAUAUACCUCCUUUUAUUGUUUGUGUUGACAAUAGGAGCACUAACACUAUAUUUCUUCAUUCUGGACCACCUUUGGAGUUUGUUACAGCUAGCGAAUGCCUUUCUUGCACCGCUUUUCCUUCCAAACAAAGACGGGUCGUUGUCUAAAAAAUAUGGUCCAUGGGCAUUAAUUACUGGAUCCACAGAUGGAAUUGGAAAAUCGUAUGCGUUUGAAUUGGCCAGAAGAGGUCUAAAUAUCGUGUUGGUCAGUAGAAGCUUGGAGAAACUCAAUAAAACACAACAAGAGAUAGAAUCACUUUAUCCUAUUAAAACGAAAAUAGUCCAAGCAGAUUUUUCCCUGGGCAAAAAGGCAGUCGACAUCGUCAAAGAAAAAGUGGAACAAUUGGAAAUCGGCAUUUUAGUUAACAACGUUGGCAAACAGUACCAAUACCCCAUGUACCUUGGCGAAGUACCAGAAGAAGAACUCUGGGAUAUAAUAAAAAUUAAUGUUGGUGCCACCACUUUAAUGUGCAGAGCGUUUAUCGGAGACAUGAAGUUGCGUCGAAAAGGAGCUAUUGUCAAUAUAGCUUCUGGUUCUGAACAUCAACCGUUGCCUUUGAUGAAUGUUUAUGCAGCGUCAAAGACUUACAUAAGAAAUUUUACACGAGCCCUCCGCUACGAAUACAGUUCCGAUGGAAUAACUAUACAACAUUUGGCUCCCAUGUUCGUAGCGACAAAAAUGAACAGUUUCAGCGACAGAAUUUACCAGAAAAGCUUAUUCGUGCCCGACCCCGAUAGCUAUGCUCGAUAUGCUGUAGCUGUUUUGGGUAAACUGGACGAAUCUAGUGGGUAUUGGGCUCACGGGAUACAAACUUUCUUGGUAACUUUGCCACCGGAAUGGAUAAGGAUGUACAUUGGAGGAUACAUGAACAACUUGUUUAGGGAAGAUUAUCUCAAGACGGAGAGUUUAAAAAAUAGUGAAGCUGAUAAAAAUAAGAAGGUAGCUUAAUUAUUUUGAUUGAUUGCUGUAAAAAAUUCUAUAGAAUUUUAUUUUGGAUUUUUAAUUACAGAUAUCGUCAAUAGAACUGAUUUAAUAAUGCAUUAUUUCUAUUGUAUUUUUGUUAUAAAUAAACAGGUUUGUUCCAACAUGCAUAGAAAAGCCUGUAUUUAGGAUCAAUUAUUCAAUUGCUAUUUUGAAGUUUGAAGUUUGAAGUUUUACCUAGAGUUAAAGAUAGGUAGGUAAUUGCUGCACUUAACUAUAGGGAGAUGCUGAGAUUAUGCUUCGAUCCAGAAAAUUUAGUUUUUAUUUAUUAAAUUUGUGAUUGAACUGAGGGACAAAAAUAAAUGUUUUAGAUUUUUUUUUAUUGUAAAUCGUGCUCUGAAUUUUUUGUUAAAAUAAAGUUUAAGAAAUA